AUGAACAAGACCGAAUUCAUCACUGUUGCGGGAUUGGCCAUAACAUUGCUGUUCCACAUGACUCAAACUGAAGUCUGUCCUCCCUCCUGCAAAUGUAAGUCCCUGGGAGAGAUGAGGGGCUUGCUUGUAGACUGCAGCUCAAGGAAGCUGACGGAAGUGCCUGCCUUGCCCGUUAACACCAAGAGGCUUUAUCUGCACAACAACAGCCUGGCCUCGGUUCCUCCUGGUGCCCUGGACAGCUUGCGCAGCCUGGAGGAAGUGAAAAUAUUUGACAACCCUUGGAACUGUGACUGUCAUAUUCUGUAUCUAAAACUCUGGUUAGAAGACAUCUCUGCACCCUCCAUUGCAAACAUUAGAUGCGCGACCCCGGCUCCCGUGAGGAUGAAGCCCUUGAUGCAGCUGACUGGGAACGAGCUGAGGAUUUGUAAGAGGUUUCUCCCAAUCAAGUGUCUUGAGUUCUUUUGGCGAGACCUAGUUUUAAUUGCUGGAGCAAUAAUUACACUUAUUUUAGCAGCAUGGGCUCUGAAAUUCUUGAAAAAGCUGGUCUGCCAAAUAAACCUAAGCCAAUAUGCCUACAGGCGCUACCUGCUGGGGAGGCGUACCUCCAAAAACCACAAGAUACAAUGA